AUGUGUAACACCGAACUCGGGUUGUUACCUUUUUUGCUCACAAAAUUGUGUUCGGUCCUAUUGCAAUUAAAUUUCUUUCUUCUGAUUCUCUUCGACAUCCUUUUCUUCAAUUUUUUCUACUGCAUCUGCCAUCGACACAAUAUCACCGGCAUGGAACACAUUGCAGGUAUGACAUCAGUGGACCAGAGAUUCAGGGAAAAUAUCUUAUUCUCUAGAAAUAAUCGUGCUGCACAAACCCGAGGAGAAAACCCUGCUUUGUUGCUCUCCUUUUUCUAUCUACACUUACUCAAUUUGGUAUCGAUGUGCAUAAAAUCUCUCUCUCUCUCUCUCUCUCUCUCUCUUUGUUUAUCUUAUCCUUCUCUUUUUUUCUCUCACCAGUCCUCUCUUUCUCUUGUUUGUUCCCUUUCGCUACCUCUACAUUUCUAUUUCUCUCUCACAUAUUCUUUCUCUCUUAUCCUCUCUCUCUCUCUCUCUCUCUCUCUCUCUCUAUCUCUCCCUCUUAUAUUUUCACCUGUUCACCUUUUCUCUUCUGCUUUCUUUCUUUCCUUCUUUCUUUCACUCUUUCUCUAUCUCCCUCUCUUCCUUUUUCUCUCUUUCUUUCGAUCUUUCUUGUCUCCCUUUCUCUUGCUCCCUCUUUUUUCUUUCUUUUCUCCGUUUCUCUUGCUCCCUCUUUCUUUCUUUCUUUUUCUUUCUUUCUUUCUUUUCUUCCUUUCUCUUGCUCCAUCUUUAUUUCUUUCUUUUCUCCCUUUCUCUUGCUCCCUCUUUCUUUCUUUCUUUCUUUCUCCCUUUCUCUUGCUCCCUCUUUCUUUCUUUCUUUCUUUCUUUCUUUCUUUCUUUCUUUCUUUCUUUUCUCCCUUUCUCUUGCUCCCUCUUUCUUUCUUUCUUUCUUUCUUUCUUUCUUUCUUUCUUUCUUUCUUUUCUCUCUUUCUCUUGCUCUUUCUUUCUUUCUUUCUUUCUUUCUUUCUUUUCACGUUUCUUCGAUCAAUUUAUUUUGCUGCGGUCAUGGGAUGGAAUAAUUUUGACAUGAAAAAUGUAAAAACUACCUCCUCCUCUCUCUCUUUCUCUCUCUCUCUCUCUCUCUCUCUCUCUCUCUGCUCAUCGAUCUUUCUAUCUCUUCUCUUCUUUACGCUUUCUCUCGCUCUUUCUAUCUCUCUCAUUCCACUUUUUCUCUUUGCUCUUCUUAUUCCCCUUUUUUCUCUUUCACCAAUUCUUUCUUUUCCGUCACUCUUUCUUUCUUUCUUUCUUUUCUUUCUUUCUUUCUUUCUUUUCUUUUCUUUCUUUCUUCUUUAA